AUGAAUGGCAUGUAUAAUGAGUCUUUCAAUUCUCUACCUUUAAUCGAUGAUUGCGACUUGAAUAGCAGAGAGGGAAUGGCAGACUUUGACGAAAAUGACGAGAAUGUUAUCGAUCUCACAGGGGACGUGGAUGGCAACAUCAACAAAAUUAUCAAAAGAGAGCCCAACGAAGCUCUUGGCUGUAAUAGUACCCCAAUCACUUCGGUAAAGCAGGAACCUUUGAACGAGAACCAUCCGCCUCUUAAGGACGAGGUCACAUCGAGCCUCCCUUGGGCGUCCGAGACACAGUUAGUAUGGUUUCGCGCCACAUCAGUGCAGGUUGCGGACGAUUACCUCAAGGAGCGAAACAUCAAGCUGCACAAGGCGAAGGCACGCUGUGUAGUCUCACGAGACUCCUCUGCCUAUAGAGAGGGAUGGAAAACAGUCAAAAGAUUGAUUUUCGUCAGCGAGGUUGGAAUGAGUGAUACAAACACUCAAUCCGCCACUCAGUCCUUGCCACAAAGCUAG